UCGACAUCAAGCAUCCCAAGAACAUUGCAGAGCUGCUUUCGUAUUUUGCACUAGUACUGUUUAAUAGUGAAAAGGGUCCUGAGCAGUCUUUUAUACUGAAGUGCUUUUUCUUUUGUGCCAAAGAUGUUUGUAGAGGAGCGAAUUGUUACUUUGUUCAAAAGGAAUGCCCAUCACACGGUGACUUACUGGAGUGUUUUCUUCAGCUUUGGACUCUGCAUUGCUUUCCUCGGCCCUACAAUUUUGGACCUGCAAUGUCAAACGAACUCCACGCUCAGUCAGAUUACCUGGGUAUUCUUUGCCCAGCAGUUCUGCCUGUUGAUUGGCAGCUCUAUUGGUGGCGUUUUCAAGAAAACGUUGUUCAGCGCGCUAGCUGCCUUAUUUGUCUCUGCUCUUAUCAUCUCUGUGAUUUUUGCCAUCAUCCCUGUGUGCAACAAUGUCCUUGUGCUGGCCAUUGCCAUGGCGGUGUCCGGUUUCGCCAUGGGUAUUAUUGAUACCAUUGCAAACAUUCAACUGGUGACCAUUUAUCAGAAGGACUCUGCUGUUUUCUUACAGGCUCUGCAUUUCUUCAUUGGGUUUGGCGCCCUAGUGAGCCCGCUGAUCGCGGAUCCUUUCCUCUCAGAAAGUGGCUGUGGGAAUCACACAGAAAAUGGGACUGAGAUCAUGCAUCAUUUCAGGAACAUGCUGAGACACAGUCCAAUUGCAGCGCACAACAUAACUCAGAGCAGUCUGCCUCAUGAAGAAGCAGAAGAGUCCAAUGUCCACUAUGCUUUCUGGAUCAUGGCACUUAUCAAUCUGCCAGUUCCUCUUGCGGUCCUGUUUCUGAUGUAUCGGGAGCAGCUGAUCCCUUGCUGCCCCAGUGGUACUCCCCGUCUUUUGGACAAGGAUGAACUAGCAAUGGAGAACCAGCAGGGGGCCGGGGGCCCAGACACAGAGCCGAAGGAAAACCAAGCUGGAGGCCAUGGAAGUAUCUUCAGCUGCUGUCAGGGUGACAACCUGCGUGAACUGCCAGUAUCAUUCUUCAUGAUUCAUAUCCUUGGAGGGAUGGUGCUCUUUAUGACCGAUGGCAUUGUGGGCGCUUAUGCUGGCUUCGUGUAUACUUAUGCUGUGACACCACCAAUGUCACUUCCUCACAAGACAGCUGGCUACUUGGCCAGUAUCUUUUGGGCGACAAUCACUGCUGGUCGUCUCUUAUCCAUACCUCUCUCAUAUCGUUUCCAGCCUGUGAGACUGCUCAUGUUCAACUUGGCAGGAGCAAUUGUUACUGUGCUGAUGCUGCUUAUUUUCUACACCAGCAAUACAUUUCUGUUUGUUGGAACCGGCUUAUGUGGGCUUUUUCUGAGCAGUAUAUUUCCCUGCAUGCUUGCCUAUACCGAAGACAUCCUUGAUUACCAGGGAUGUGCAACCUCAGUCCUGGUGACAAGCGCAGGGAUGGGAGAAAUGGUGAUGCAGGUUCUGGUUGGUUCGAUUAUUCAGACUGAAGGCAGCUACAGCUUCCUGCUGUGUGGCAUGAUAACAGCCUGCCUUGGUUUUAUCGUCUUCAUCGGUCUCCUGCUGUCUGAUCGAAUGCACAGAAAUUAUCUCACAGGAACGUCCAGAAGGUCAGCAAUGGUGGAGGAGCCAGCAGCAGAGCAGACUGGUACAGUCAAAACCGAACAAAUAGAGGAUAAAGAAAGCAGCUGAGAAAGUUAGGUAUUUAAUGCCUGCUGUAAGAGUAGAAAUGUUGCAUCAUCAAAGACUGUCAUUGCACCACUGUACUUUUUGUUCUAAUGAAUUUGUACUUGCAAAGAAGAUAGUGUAGCACUGUUAGAGAUUGUAGAUCAUAGUUUUCAGUUCCUCUUGUCAUUUGCCAAUCAUGGACUAUAUUCUUCAAAUCGUGGAUUAAUGUUUUAUUUAUAAGGCAUGAGAGUUGAAAAAUGACUGUACAAGAAGUGAUUGACACAUUUUCAUGUGAAAUUAAAGCAUAUUUUGGCAUGUGUGUAUAUAAUAUGUAUAACAAAAUGUCAUUAUGUUGCAAUUCUACCAUUCAAAUGGUUGUAUCCUGUAUGCUGUCUAAAUUAACUAUUCAAGGGGGAAGCCUCAGGCUUUCCACCAAUCCAGCAUGUGGAGGAAGGAACUUUGUACUUAGUGAAGUUAGCCCAGAAAAAAAAUUAAGUACAAAUGUCAAACAGAGUCAUCCAGCCUUUAAAUGGUUAACCCAUCAAUGUAUAACACCAGUUUGAAUAUUUUUCACGACAAAAAUGGCAACCGUCCAUUUACUACAUGAUUCUUUCAUAAACAGGUUUCUCAUCAGUUAUAAAGGUUUCACAGACUCUAGCACGCUUGUUCCUGAA